UUGAAACGGCUGGCGUCAGUGCCGCGCGGCCUGCGGGGAGAUUGUCCGGCUUGUGGGACCUUGGCCUGGGUGGGUCGCUUGGGAAACUCCAGGACCCAGAGAAAUAUGGCACUGCCCACACUGCCCUCCUCCUGGUGCAGCCGGCGGCUCCUAAGUCAGCAGUUGGCACGGCAGCGAGAGCAGGCGGACCGGCUUCGGCAGCAGUGGGAUCAGAACCGUCGCUACUUUCAACUGUCUGACAUCUGCAGCUCCAAACAGGCAGAGUGGAGCUCCAAGACCUCCUACCAGCGGAGCAUGCAUGCCUAUCAGCGUGAGAAGAUGAAGGAGGAGAAGAGGAGGAGUCUGGAGGCCAGACGCGAGCGACUCAGGCAGCUUAUCCUAGAGGAGCAGGACCUGCUGGCCAAGGAGCUGGAGGACCUGAGGCUGAGCAUGAACUCGCGGGAAAGAAGAAUCCGGGAGCGGCACGGGAACCUGAAAUCGGCCCGAGAAGAGCAGAGGAAACUGGUUGCUGAGCAGCUUUUGUAUGAACACUGGAAAAAGAACAACCCUAAACUUCGAGAGAUUGAACUGGACCUUCACAAGAAGCAUGUGAUAAACUCUUGGGAAACACAGAGAGGGGAAAAGAAACAGCAAGAAGCUGCUAAGGAGGAAGAGAAAAAGCGAUAUGAAAAUGAAUAUGAAACAGCCCGAAGGGAAGCGAUGGAACGGAUGAAAGCAGAGGAGGAGAGGCGGCAACUGGAGGAGAAACUGUGGGCUGAGGCGCUGCUUCAGCAGAUGGAGGAGCUGAAGGUGAAGGAGAUGGAGGCGACCAAACUGAAAAAGGAGCAAGAAAAUCUGUUGAAGCAGCGGUGGGAGCUGGAGAGGCUGGAGGAGGACAGGAAGCGGAUGGCGGCCUUCCGUCAGAAGGCAGAGCUGGGGCGAUUUUUGAGACAUCAGUAUAAUGUGCAACUUAACAGACGUACACAGCAGAUCCAAGAGGAACUGGAGGCAGACAAGCGGAUCCUCCAGGCGCUCCUCGAGAAGGAGGAUGAGAACCAGCGCGUCCAACUGGCCAGGCGGGAGCAAGCCCUGGCCGAUGUGGCAUGGAUGAAGCAGGUGAUCGAGGAGCAGCUGCAGCUGGAGCGGGAACGGGAGGCGGAGCAGCAGACGCUGUUGAGGGACGAGGCUAAGGAGGUGUGGGAGAAGAGAGAGGCAGAGUGGGCCCGAGAGAGGAGUGCACGGGACCGACUGAUGAGUGAGGUUCUGACGGGGAGACAACAACAAAUCCAGGAGAAGAUUGAACAGAAUCGACGUGCACAAGAGGAGUCCCUGAAACACAGGGAGCAACUCAUCCGCCAUCUUGAGGAGGCGAGAGAAUUGGCUCGUCGGGAGAAAGAGGAGAGUGAAGAACUGAAGUCGGCGCGGAAACAGGAGCUAGAAGCCCAGGUUGCAGAGCGCCAGCUACAGGCACUGGAAGAGGACCAGCAAGAGGAGGAGGAGGAGGAGGAGUCCAGGCAGGUGGAGCAGCUCACCGACACCCUCCUCCAGCAGGAGGCGAAGAUGAUGGCUGAGCAGGGCUAUCGGCCCAAGGUAGGGACCACUGCUGCCGAGCCAGACUCCAGCCGGCACCACCCUUCAGGCCUAUGCAUAGCCUUGUGCUCAGCUCUGCUUUCCAGCCGUCCCGGGUUCUUUCCCGCUUCUCUUCUCUUGUAUCUCUCUCCCCGCCUGGUAGGGAACCUCGACCCAGGGUCUGUGUUGGUCCUCGGUUGGAUCUCAAAUAGCCCUUGAGGUGAUUUUGCUUUGGCUGCUGCCACUGCAGCCCUCAGAUGGUGAGCUGCAUGCCUCCCCACCCUGUGUGGGGACAAAGAGCGAUCUCAGGAGAGCACUGUCUACCGCUGACAAGGGGUGAAAGAGCGGUGGCACCAGAUCUGACUACAGACAGCCAGAGCCCUGGUGAGCAGGAGGCCUGCUUCGGGUCCCUUCCUCCUCUCAGGGCCUCUUGUUGCCUUCUCCCUCUUUGUGAUCCUCUCCUCUCCUGAUCUCUGAGGCAUCUAUCUCUCCCUGUCUAAGUACCUGAGUGAGCCCCCUACGCAGGACACCUUGGGAGCACAGAGAAGCAAAGGCUGUGACCCUGUCUGAGGGAGCUGCUGACUAGGGCACCAGUGAUGAUGAGGGCAGCAGGCCUUGCCUCUGCCCCUCCAUUACUGCUGGGCUGAGGAGCCCUGCUGGGGUGCCAUGCUGGCCGCUGGUCAGUGUUCCCAAAGUGCCUUUCCUGGGAUGCAUGCUGCAGAAGAGAAGGGGCCGGCUCCUUCCAUGGUCAGGUAACUCUGGGAAACUGUGAAACAGAGUUGGAGCAGGUACUUCAUUUGCUGUAGAACUUGAACAUCCCAACACAGUGUUGGCUCUCCAAGAGGUUCAAGGAACAGCAUUUUCUAAACUCACCUGACCAUGGAUCGAGUUUCUCAGAAUCAGGGUCCUACAGAGCACAUCUGAAAAUGUUUCUGAGGGCCGGUACCUUUUAAAAAGGUAUCAAGUGCCUCAUUUAUGGCUUAGGGUCAAAGCUGUGAAUGAAAACAGCCAUUUAAGCUGUGCCUUUAGCUUGUACUUAAAAUGGGACGAAUUCCCAGUGCUCCAGAGGCUGCUCAUCUGACCCGUCAUAUCUUUUCUUUCUCUUCCCAGACUUACGGACAUCCCAAGAUUGCUUGGAACUGACCCCGUCUGUCCCGUCAGCACAGGGAGGGAGGAUGUUGGGGUUUGUGAUGUGCAGCCACCAGGCGCUUUUACAAUAUUCUGUUACAGUCCGGGUGUCAGGUGCCGUAAAGUAGUUCCGCGGUGCCUGUUCAGGUGUGUGAUGGAUGACAUGGAUUGAGGGCUGGCCAGACACGAAGGUGCUGAGGAAGCUCACACCAUGAGAGGCCCUUCCUGCCUCUCUUCUCCAAGAAAGCAGCUGUUACCGGCACGUGUUUCCGGUGCUGUCAACAGUCGUAACGUGUUUAUAAAUAGGUAAGGCUUGAAUCCAUACUGGGAGCUCCCAGCCAUGUUCCCUGACUGGGGCAUGUUUUCCUGUUGUUGUCUUCUUCAUUGUCAGCCUCCUAGCUAGAGAUGUGGGCAGGCUUUUCAGCUGUUAAAAUUACCAUUUAAAAUUUAAUUUCAAAAUUCUCUUGAAAACAGGCUAGUAGGUCUUGGUGCAGUUGACUUCACAGGGUUAUGGCAGAGUCGUGUCCUGUGUGUUCUGAAAGAAAAGAACUUUUAACCAGUUAAAACCCUGAGAUAGAGUCUACUUGGUCCACGGAUGCUUUGUGGAAAGGUCGAGGAUUGAGGAAGCGUUUUGGUGGAGUUUUCAUAGAACACUGGGUGUGGGUUUGUGAUGGAUGUUAACAGUGGGUGUGAUGGUUGUCACCUGGUUGCCUAAUCUUCCAGAGGCACAACAGUGUGGACCUCUGGUGUCUUGGGAAGGUCCCUCGGUCUCAGCUCAGCUGCGUGCAGCUUUCCAGGAUUUCCAGGCCCAGAGGAAGGGGCACUGAACCUGAAGACUAAGAAGCACAGAUGGGCCAAUGUGGCAUCCUGUUAGAUGAACUCUCUACAAAGAGCUACAGGUCCCUUGCAGCAGUAAUAUUUUUAUAACUUAUAUUUGUUCCAUACUCUUUCUCGCAGGUUUCAGUUUGCAUUGCAUUGUGUACAAGAUUCCAUAUUUCAGUACAUUUUCACCUGUAUUGCUAAUUACAGGGCAUAAUUACAUGGUUCUGAAAGCCACAGUUUAUUAAAAAUCCUGAGUCUAAGGGCCGCAUUGCCUUUCACUUCCGUUGUGCUAUGAAAACACAGAGCUGUGGAUUGCCCUGGAACCCGCUUCUCAUUGCCCUGUCUUGAAUGUCUCUGGCUGUGCUCCCCUGAGAGCAUCACUCCCAGGGUGCCAGUUCUGCUCAUUUCCCUCGUCUGCUGGCCCGUCAUUGUGCAGUGGAGUUCUGGUCUGACCCUCUGGGCUCCACGCAUGCUAUUGUUGUUCUUAAUAAUUGCUGGAAGUGAGCUGUAUGGACGAUGUAUUUUUACUGAUUUAAUUCACAUUGCCUACAGGUUUGGACAUUUCUGUGACUGGUCACAUUUUAUAGGUUAUGUUCAUUUUUCUUGUAAAUGCGGUGCUGUUCCUCCCUCUUGUUUCCAUUGGCGUUUCCUCUAAAUAAACCACAGAAAAUUAUUAGCAGUUACAUACUGACUGAGUUCCAGGACAUAACCAAUGUAAAUAGAAUGCCUAGUAAAUAGGCACUCAGAUACUUACUAAAUAAAAUUUAUUUCUUUACUUACUUUUUUGGCUUGUUCGUUUUUUUGUGGCCUGGCGUAAUCUUCCUUAUCAGCAUUAAGAACUUUGUUACACUGGCUCUCUACCCUAGAAUAAUACUGAAUACAUGUUUUAUCACUAAGCGGAGCCAAAAUAUUUGUCUUCUAAAUUUAGGGCCUCCACUCUUAAACUAUUUCUAUUAUACCCCUGUUCCUAUCCUUUCAUAUGUAGUUUGAUGUGUGCUGGUUCUAUAGACAUAUAUUGGUUUUCAUCAUAUGCAUGUGAAAGCUGGACAAUGAAUAAGGAAGACUGAAGAAGAAUUGACGCCUUUGAAUUGUGGUGUUGGAGAAGAAUACUGACUAUACCAUGGACUGCCAGAAGAACGAACAAAUCUGUCUUAGAAGAAGUACAACCAGAAUGCUCCUUAAAAGCAAGGAUGGCGAGACUGCGUCUUACAUACUUUGGACAUGUUGUCAGGAGGGAUCAGUCCCUGGAGAAGGACAUCGUGCCUGGCAGAGUACAGGGUCAGCGGAAAAGAGAAAGGCCCUCAACGAGGUGGACUGGCACUGUGGCUGCAACAAUGGGCGCACACAUAACCAUGAUUGUAAGGAUGGCGCAGGACCAGGCAGUGUUUCGUUCUGUUGUACAUAGGGUUGCUAUGAGUCGGAGCCAACUCGACGGCACCUAACAACAACACUGUCUCUCAGCACCUUUUUCUACUUUACUGUCAGAUGAGUGAUCUUGCAGAUUAUUCUUCAGCGAUUCUUCAGUAAAGGGCAGUUCCUUUAGUACAAUGGUGUGGAAACCACUGCUAAUAUGAAAUGAUUCUUACCUCGUUGUGUACAUAACGAAGAUUUUCCCUCUUUUCCUGCCCCUCACUCAGCACGUAUUCUCUCUAGGAAGGUGUCAG